AUGGAAAGGCCACAGUACAAGCGAUCACCUCCUCCUCUGGGGUGGGAGGACCGUCUCUGGGGUUCUGCGCAGACUGACGCUCUCGGCACAGUGGCCCCUCAACUCCUCCUGGUGGCGGCGCUAGCCGGCUGCCUGCGGUCUGCCCGGAGCUGUGUCAUAUGUGAUCGAAGGGUCCAAGCCGCGCUGGACUCCCUGGAUAAGGAGUACCUGCCUACCCAUCUUGCCCCCGAGCGUCACAGAGAAGUGAUGGAAACGAUAACACAAACCGUGAGGAAUUUCCGAGAUCUGCCAUAUUUAGAGGAUGCCUUUAUGGGGGUUAUCGAUGACACCACAAUGGAAACAUCAGUAUUGAGUUUUCUGAGGAGCGUGAGACUUAUCAGAAACAGCGGUGUAGCAGAUGACACUUUCGUGAAGGAGUUCUCCUGGAUGUUGAGUCUGGAAAAGGCAGCUUUUCAGAGCUACGUCGCUCGGUUCCAAAGAAGGGAUUUUUGUCCCAACAAAUGUGGUACAAUGUUGCAGCUUCUGAUCUGGUGCAGUAACUGUAAAAAGCAGCUUCACGCUUGUAGAAAGUCCAGAGACUGCGGGGUGCGCCAAAUCAACGUCCAUGAAAAGGAAGACAUGAUUCUGGACUGUGAGCUCAACUGGCAUAAAUUAUCUGAAGGCCUGACCAAUUACAGUUUUUACAGGGUUUGGGGGAGCAAUUCUGAGACCUUGGUGUACAGUGGGAGACGGCCCACCCUGACCAAGCCCCUGGUGGGGCCAGAGGACGCAGGUAACUAUCGAUGCGAGUUGGGCACUGUGCGAUCCGGCCCGGCCACGAUCAUCCAUUUUCAAGUCACAGGUCAGUGCUGGGGAGUCGACAGAAUAAUCGGCUUUGCCGGCGGCGUACUUUGCUUUCGGUACGGGACGGUGAUCCAUUCAGUGAAGUCCCGGUUCCGCACCGACAAGGGAGCUGCCCCGCAGGACGGGGUUCCGGAGAGUCGGCUGUCCCAGAGCCAGGAGCCGACGGUACCGAAGGAAAAGGCCGCAGUACCAAGGCACAAAUAAAGAUUUAUCUGGUUGUCUAAA